AUGUCUACGCAAUUUAAAUUACCAGUUGGCCCUUCAGGAAUCCCUCUUUUGGGUUUUGGCACGGGAACCAAAUACUUCAAACCUUCUGAUGUGAAGGAGCUCAACCAGUCCUUGGUUAAUAUUUUGGAUACUGCAGCUCAUAAUGGUUUUAUUCAUAUUGAUACGGCAGAAGGUUACGGUAUUUCUGCAGAAGUCUCGACUUUCCUCAAGAAUUUAAAGGAUAUCAAGAGAUCGCAAUUGUUCAUUACCGAUAAGUUCAAUUUAAGCAGAAGGAUUGGUAUUGGUGCAAACGACGAUGCUUCACCAUAUGCUCACUUGAAAAACACGCUAGAUAAUGUGUUCCAUACUGAUUACGUCGACCUUUAUCUUUUACAUGCUCCGUUUAUAACAAAGGAUAAGUUUGGCUUCACUUUGGAGGAGGCAUGGCAAUCAGUUGAGAAACUUUAUGAGGAAGGUUUGGCAAAAAGAAUUGGUGUUUCAAACUUUGCUGUCGAUGAUUUGAAACGGAUUUUAAAGGUCGCCAAGUAUCCACCACAGGUCAAUCAAAUUGAGUUCAACGUUUUUUUGCAAAAUCAGACGCCCGAUAUUGUGGAGUUCUGCAAGAAAAAUAACAUAACUGUGGAGGCAUAUUCUCCAUUAGCUCCAUUGACCAGGGGUGAUCUUACUACUGGAGUUGGUAAGAAGCUUGGUCUAAAGUUGGAUGAAUUGGAAAAGAAAUACAAGAAGACAAAAACACAACUUUUAUUAAGAUGGGUAAUCCAGAGAGGUAUUGUUCCAAUUACUACCACAAGCAAGGUCUCAAGACUUGAUGAAUGGAAGGGCAUUUUUGACUUCACUUUAUCUGAAACGGACGAGGAGGAUAUCACUAAAAUAGGAAAAGAGUAUAAGCCACAAUUUAGAUUGUAUUGGAAGCCAUUCUAUGACAAGUACAACUAA